GGGUGGGGGCGUCUUAUAUCAUCGGGCCCGCAACCCCGAAUGAGGGAGAAUUGCUGCGAGCUGUGGACACACCGCGGCCCCGCACCUCGGGACAGUUUUGCCCCUUCCUCCACCCCGGGCCCCGGGGAAUUUGGGGCUGAUGAGCGAAGGUGCUGGGGCCAUUUCUAUGACGCAUGCGCACUGCGGGGACCGUGACCCCCGGGCAUCUGGUCCUGAUGUUCUCCGGGGAAAGUGACCGACACGGGGGACACUUCCAGCGCUUCCCCCGCCGGUGGCGGAGGGGAUGGGAGCGGAUGCAUCCCUCAGACUCGGAACAAAACUGGAGUUCCGGGUUAAUGGCAGCUGAAGUCCGUUUCAGUCACUGAAGAUGUUGGAGAUGGCAAAGGAUUUGUGUACGGGAAUCUCAAACACAACACGUCAAUUCUGCUGUGCUUGACCAGACAUUUAAGGAGUGAGCAGACAUUUUCUUUGCAACACCAAAACUUCCAUUGUCGAUCCUUGAAGAUGAAAAAGUAUCUCAUCGCAGAUGAAAACAUGAUUUAUCUUUAAGUGAAGUUUUCUGUUUAAAUUCAGUCAAAACCACUGGAACCGGGGUGCUGAGAACACACCAGCAUUUGUUCCCCAGAGAUCAGUUCUUCAUCUGCAUUGAUUGUUCGAGGAAUUCAAUACGUCUCUCAUCUGACUUGGUGACCCUCCCCCCGGAGAAUUGAGAGCAGGGAGAUAUCAUUUGUCAGCUCUCAGUGGGAGAAGGGAUUCAGUCACUCAGCCCACCCACCGACACACCAGGGAGUACACAGUGUGGAGAGGCUAUUCACCUGCUCUGAGUGUGGGAGGGAUAUAAUUCAUCCUGGGCAAUGAGACACCAGCGAGUUCACACUGGGGAGAGACCGUACAUUUGCUCUGAAUGUGGGAAGGGAUUCACCCGGUCAUCCUACCUUCAGACACACAAGUUAGUUCACACUGGGGAGAGACCAUACGUUUGCUCUGAAUGUGGGAUGGGAUUCACCCGGUCAUCCUACCUUCAGACACACAAGUUAGUUCACACUGGGGAGAGACCAUACAUUUGCUCUGAAUGUGGGAAACGAUUUCCCCACCCAUCUCACCUACAGGCACACCAGCGAGUUCACACUGGGGAGAGGCCGUUCAUCUGUUCUGAUUGUGGGAAGGGAUUCACUCAAUCAUCCCACCUACAGACACAUCAGCGAGUUCACACCGGGGAGAGGCCGUUCACCUGCUCUGAUUGUGGAAAGGGAUUCAGUCAGUCAUGUGAUCUGCUGACACACCAGCGGGUUCACACUGGGGAGAGGCCGUUCACCUGCUCAGACUGUGGCAAGGGAUUCACUCAGUCAUCUCAACUGAAGGUACAUCAGCGAGUUCACACUGGGGAGAGGCCAUUCACCUGCUCUGAAUGUGGGAAGGCAUUUACUCAAUUAUCUCAACUGAAGAUUCAUCAGUGUGUUCAUACUGGGGAGUGGCCGUUCACCUGCUCAGAUUGCGGGAAGGGAUUCACUCAGUCAUCUCAACUGAAGAUACAUCAGCAAGUUCACUCUGGGGAGAGGCAGUUCACCUGCUCAGAGUGUGAGAAGACGUUUACCCACCCAUCUCACCUGCAGAGACACCAGCGAAUUCACACUGGGGAAAGGCCAUUUAUCUGUUCCGUUUGUGGGAAGAGAUUUACUCAGUCAGCAGAUCUGCUGACACACCAGAGAGUUCACACUGGGGAGAAGCCGUAUAUCUGCUCUGAUUGUGGGAAGGGAUUCACUCGGUCAUCUGAUUUACUGGCACACCAGCGAGUUCACACUGGGGAGAGACCGUUCACCUGCUCUGACUGUGGGAAGGGAUUCACUCAGUCAUCUCAACUGAAGAUACAUCAGCGAGUUCACAAUGGGGAGAGACCGUUCACCUGCUCAGACUGUGGGAAGGCAUUUACCCAUCCAUCUCACCUGCAGAGACACCAGCGAGUUCACACUGGGGAGAGGCCGUUCACCUGCUCAGACUGUGGGAAGGGAUUCAUUCGGUCAACAAACCUGUUGGCACACCAGAGAGUUCACACUGGGGAGAGGCCGUAUGUCUGCUCAGACUGUGGGAAGGGAUUCACUCAGUUAUCCCACCUGAAGAGACACCAGCAAGUUCACACUGGGGAGAGACCGUUCACCUGUUCCAUUUGUGGGAAGAGAUUUACUCAGUCAUCAGAUCUGUUGACACAUCAGAGAGUUCACACUGGGGAGCGGCCGUUCACCUGCUCAGAGUGUGGGAAGGGGUUCACUCGGUCAUCCCACCUACAGACACACCAGUCAGUUCAUUUUCUCUGAAUGUGGGAAGGGAUUCACUCGGUUGUCCCACCUACAGACACACCAGUCAGUUCAUUUUCUCUGAAUGUGGGAAGGGAUUUACUCGGUUGUCCCACCUACAGGCACAUCAGUCAGUUCACACCGGGGAGAGGCCGUUCACCUGCCAGACUGUGGGAUGGGAUUUACUCAGUCAUCUCACCUGCAGAUACAGCAGCAAGUUCACACUGGGGAGAGCCCGUUCAUCUGCACUGAAUGUGGGAAGGGAUUCACUCAGUUGUCCCACCUUGUGAAACACCGGUGAGUUCAAACUGGAGAAAGUGUUUCAGUGAGCAGGAUGCUGGAUGAUUAACCAUCGUGAUUGCUGAAUUCAGAGGCGAUCAAAGAUGACUGUGUCAGACUGUAAUGAUUGCUGCUUCUCAUCCCACCCAGAUCUGGUCACUGGGCGAGGGAGCAGUUUCUUCAGCGAUUGUUCACCGUUACUGGAGUUUAACAUUGUGAUUCUGAGAAAUAAAUCAGUUCUAUUUUAAA